UAUCAUAUGAUAAAAUAUAACCUGAUCUACUUUUGAUUUACAUGUUUUCCCUGGUUGUGUAACAGAUAAUGACACUAAGGGCCCUGGAUAAUGAUUACGUUUGGGCCCUGGACACAGAUAAUUACAAAGGGGCCCUGAUACACCUAAUAGACACCCAUUGAUGAUUAUCUGGGUACAGUUUUAUCUACAGAUACGGGAUGCACUGGUACUAUCAACAAAUCAGAUUGAAGUUCAAGUUUGGACAGCACACAGCAGGUGUAUCCAUUGUUAGACGCUGUAUUUAUUUUACACCCAGCCAUGUAUCGAGUGUAAACCCUGGACAAUGAAUCUCCUCACUGUUUUCUUACUUUUUUCCUGUGUGUAUGUUUCCUAUGCUUCCUGUCCAACACCAUGGAAGGAAUACAACGACACCUGUUAUUUUUUCUCAAACAAUCGUUAUCGUCUAAAUGAUGCUUUGUAUGUUUGUACUUCAAGAAAUGCAUCAAUCUUUGUUCCGGACACACAAGAUGAACAUGAUUUUGUUGUGAACAACAUACAAAAGGGUCAGCGAAUUUUAUAUUGGAUCGGUUUACGAGUUGUAAACUCCACUUGGACAUGGCUCGACGAUUCUCCUUAUGACGUCAACAGCACUAACUGGUACCGUCACCAGGUCGGCAAAACUAAUGAUGCUCGGAGUGGAUGUGCUGCUCUGUACUCCUACAAACCUUAUUUGGGACAAGUUCAACAGCGCAGGUGUACAGACUCCUGGGGAGUGAUCUGUGAGAAACCCAAUGAUGCAAUAGACGUGUGUAACUCGGGGGAUAACUGGCACCUUGUUGAAACUGAGUGUUAUAAGCUUUUUGAUCAGAAAGCCAACUGGUUUGAUGCCCGCUCAGUGUGUCAGCAGAAUGGUGGCGAUUUAUUUAUGCCAAUAAAUUCUCGACAAGUAUACUCCAUCGGUGACUUAAACCAGUGUCGAACACCAGAUGGCGCUUCCUGGAUAGGAAUAUCGGACACGUAUCGUCCCGGAACAUUUACUUUAGUGAACAACCAUACUCUCCGCUAUCAGGCCUGGUAUUCAUAUGGAAAACAGAUUCUGAAGAGAGGUGGCACAUGUGUGUUUGCCAACCCGGUAGCUAACUAUGUGUGGGAGUCAGAACUAUGUGUGAUGGAAAAAAAGUUUAUUUGUGCUCGGCCACAAGGCACCUGUCCUGAUGGCUGGAUUAGUAAUGCUGAGAAGUGCUAUCAGGUCAAUACAGCUCCUAACUCACAAACAACAUGGUUUGCAGCAAAAACUUUCUGUGAGAAUCAGAAGACCAAACUUCUCACCAUUGACAGUGAUAAAGAGGAAGACUUCAUACGCUCCUCAAUAAGUGAUCUACAGAUAUCGAGGACAUGGCUUGGUUUCUCAGAUGUAAACUCUACCAAUAACUACCAGUGGAUGAAUGGGACCCUGAUUUCCUACGGGUACAGUAACUGGGACACAAACUUCCCCAAACAGCAUGGUACAAAGGUCACUAACUGUGGGAUACUACAGAUAGGUCCAAGUAGCAGCUCCUGGUCUAACGGCUAUUGUUUUGACUUUCUUCCAUUCAUCUGUAAAUCGGACCUGGUGAAGACUAUUGUCUCCUUGAGCCCUCCACCUGUCACCCAGCAUUGUGACCCGGGAUGGAAGCUGUUUAGAAACCAGUGUUACUAUUUUGGUCACUCUGACAACUCCAGCGGCUACAGCUUUGUUGAUGCUCACCAUUACUGUGUGGCGAGAAAUGCGGAACUCACCUCCAUUACAGAUGCCUACGAGCAAUCAUUUAUCACAGUUAAUCAGGCUCAAAUGGACACAGCUUGGGUUGGCCUACAGUACAGUGUGAUCAAGAAAACAGUGGUCCAGAUUGUGGAUAACACACCAAUACGCUUCCAGAGUUUUUAUCCUGGUGAGCCAGAUGAUGUUAGCACUGGCUCUACGUGUAUCCGUAUUGUGGCGGGGAGACAGGACUACACUGGCUCCUGGGAUGAUGGAAACUGUACUAGUCAACUUGACUUCAUCUGUAAAAAACAUUCAUAUCCUGGUCCUCCCUCCAUGACAACUCCUCCAUCUACUACAGUGUUUGGAUGGUCUUACAAGUGUGGACCCGACUGGAAAUAUAACUCACUGGACGACUACUGCUACCAAGUCAUUAAUGACCACCCUAAGACAUGGCCGGACGCUCAGUGGGACUGUAACCGAAGGGGAGGUAACCUCUCCAGUAUCAGUGGACCCAGGGAGCAAAAUUUUCUACAGGCGAUUCUGUCUUCUGGACAGUUUUCCAACAUACCAUACAACUUCUGGAUAGGAGCUACAGACGGCAGCCAAGAAGGAGGCUGGGAGUGGAUAGAUGGAGCACCAUUUGCUUUCUUCCACUGGGACCAAGGUGAGCCUAAUGAGUCCGGAGUUGGUGAAGACUGUGUGGAGAUGGUAUCCAUGUGGGAAUACAAGUGGAACGACAAACGAUGUGACAAACCAAAUGCUUAUAUCUGUAAAAAGUUAGCUACCCCUACCAUAACCACACCUGGAAGUCCCACUGAGACUCCCCCUAAGACCUGUGUGGUGGAGCCAAUGAUCUCUGGGAACUACAGUCUGUUGGAUGCUAAUGCUCUGUCUGCCUCCACGGUUCGUGCCCCCCGUAACUCUGCAGCUGACUCGAGGUACUACAAAGGCAGCAGAGGUGGAUGGUCAACUCUGAACACCAAUCCAGGUCAGUACAUUAAGGCAUUGUUCUACAACACUGUGGUGAUGAAGGGAGUGACCACCGUUGGCCGGUCAGACGCAGAUGAAUGGGUUGUUUCCUACAAGCUCCAGUACCAGUACGACUACUACUCCGAGUGGGAGUGGUACCAGGAGCCUCCAGGGACUGUCAAGAUCUUCAAUGGUAACCAUGACCCAGACACACCAGUCACUAACACCAUACAGUUUCCUAUAGAGGCUCGUGGUAUCAAGCUCUUCCCUAUGUCCUGGCACACUGGAAUAUCCCUACGCUGGGAGAUCCUCGGCUGUAUCCAAGAUUUCUGUACACCUGACUACAGUGUGAGCGGACCUUUGGUCGUCCCCGAUAAUUUGAUCACUUCAUCAACAAUUUCUGACCCCGCCCACUCUGCUGCAGCAGGCAGACUUCAUCCAAUCACAUCCAAUGCAGUGCCAUCCUGCUGGCGUGCCCAGUCUAGCAGUAACCUACAAUGGCUACAAGUUGACCUCGGGAAAGCUGUGAUUGUCCGGGGAAUCACGACCGCUGGUAACCCUAACGACCAGGAGUGGAUUACUCAGUUCAAGCUACUCUACAAUAUAAAUGGACCAAAUCAUAAUUUUAACUAUUACUCUGAACCGUAUGGACGGAUCAAGACUCUUCCUGGUAAUACCAACAACAAUGAGACAGUAACCUACUUUUUCAAAGGUCACUUCAGCGCUCGGUUUGUGAGAGUGGAACCAGUAGCAUUUCACACCUGGAAAUCUCUUAGGAUGGACGUUCUAGUUUGUGCUCUUGGCUGCAGUGGUGUGCCGUUGAUCAAUGGAAAGAACAAGCUCAACGAUGAUCGACUGGCAGCUACCUCCCAGAUAGACCCAGAACACGGACCAUUCCGUAGUCGUCUGGACGUACCUGCCACAGGUCGGUACGGAGGGGCAUGGACAGCCAAAUUCAACGACGCUCAUCAGUACAUACAGGCUGACCUUGGGGAUAUAAUCCAGGUGGUCAGUGUGGCCACUCAAGGUCGUCAGGAUCAGGCUGAGUGGGUGACAGCCUACAACAUCAGCUACUCACAAGAUGGCAAAGUCUGGUAUGCUUACGAUGCCUUCUCAGGGCAUUCAGUGACAUUCAUUGGUAACUGGGAUCAGUCGUCAGUACGAAAACAUGACUUUAAAUAUCCCAUCAUGGCCCGUGUCAUACGAUUGUGGCCUGUAUCUUACCACAUUCGUAUCUCUCUACGCUGGGAGAUCUACGGCUGUCCAGGUGCUGACUCAGGGAUAAGUAUUGGUUGCUAUGCCGAUGACCCUCUGCAUCGUGACCUGACCUAUGAACCAUACACUGACCCAAGUGUUGGGAUGUGGCCGCCAAUGUGUAUUCACCACUGUUUCAACAAAGGGUACUACUACGCUGGUCUGCAGAACCAGUACAAGUGUUUCUGUGGUAACUCGUAUGGGCGAUACGGUCCAGCGAGAGACUGUACCCAAACAUGCUUCCCCCAGACAACCUAUCACUGCGGAGGUCCAACCUCCAACCUCAUCUACUCUACCGGUCUAACCCCUGACUUCAAGGUGUGCCUUCCCCAGUGGACUGGGUACAAAGACAUGUGUUACUUUCUAAUGCUGGACCUACAGACGUGGAACGAGGCCCAGCAUCAGUGUAAGGUGAUGGGAGGUGACCUCGCUACCGUCAAUAGUCAGGCUGUCCAGGAUCUUCUGGUCAGCAUCAUGAAUCAAAAACAUAGCCAGGACAUAUGGAUAGGAUUGACUGACACUGUGGAGGAGGCUGUGUUUGAGUGGUCAUCUGGACAACCUGUCAAGUUUACAAACUGGAAUCUAAACCAGCCACGGAGCCCAGCUAACAUGGAUGAGGACUGUGUUAGCUUGUCAAACCAGACUGGUGGUUGGCAGGAUGAGGAUUGUUACUCCCACAAACAGUACAUGUGUAUGUCUCCUAAACACGGUACCAAUAAACCAACGACAACUCAGCCAGUCAUAGGCUGUUCUCCUGGCUGGACAGCCUACCGAUGGUCAUGCUACCUGAUGGUGGACAUGCCAAGAGUUUUUGUUAAUGCAAACAAAAUCUGUCGUGACAGGUCGGCUACUAUUGUGAGGAUAGAAGACCGAUAUGAACAGUCCUACCUCUCUAGUAUUCUGGCUGGUAAGACUGGUCAGUACUGGACAGAUGUCACGGACACGGCCAGCCCAGGUACUUACAGGUACUAUGAGGACGGCUCAGCGCUCCUCUACACCAACUGGGGACCAAACAAACCAUCUAGUAGCAGUCACUGUGUAGCCCUACAGGCAGGCGGUGGUAACAAUGGUUUGUGGUUUGACGUUCUGUGUACCACAACAUCUAAGGUUAUUUGUGAGCAGACAAGAAGGGGCUACACCACACCCACUCGACCCCCCACCACCACGGGCUUCAUCCCCUGCCCCAUGGGCUGGUGGACCGACUCAAAGGACCCCAACAGCUGCUUCCAGGUAAACAUCCAACAACCAAAUAAACGGCUGAGUUACAGUGAUGCUGAGGCUGACUGUAGAUCCCAGGGAGCCACGAUGGCUGUGUUCCACAACAGUGCUGCCUACGAUGCUCUGUGGAGGAACAGAAUGGUAGGAACAAAUAAUGGAAACUUCUGGAUUGGUCUGAAGUAUUCUCACACUAGUCAUGGCGGUAGAGUGUUUAGUUGGGCAGACAACACUAGACUAGACUUUGUGAACUGGAGUCCGGGAGAGCCCAAUAAUUUCCACAACGUUGAGAACUGUGUUGAAGCUCUAUUCUAUUCUGGGAAAUGGAAUGAUGGUCCUUGCAGCGUUAACAAGAACUGGAUUUGUUCUAUACCAAGAGGCACCACAUCCCGACCCAGAACAACUUUUCCGACACCUCCUGCUGCUCUGCAUAACUGUCCAGUCCUGGGAUACGUUCGAUUCCCUACCAACAACCACUGUUACAUGGUCCAGGACGCCUCAGGAAAUAACGCCAAGACAUGGCGAGAGGCUCGCUCAGUCUGUCAGAGUAAUGGUGGGGACCUUGUCAGUAUUGGGGGCAUUCUUGAGCAACGGUUCCUGGAGGUCCUGAUUGCCAAUGUGUCUCAAAGGACUCUAUGGAUGGGCUUCAGUGAAAUAGAUUCCCCAAAUGGUUACCACUGGUCAGAUGGUACUGUACCUUCGUUCAUCAACUGGAAUCAUAAUGAACCUAACGACUAUGGAGGAGCAGAAGACUGUAGUCAAAUCUAUGUUGGAAAUGGGAAAUGGCUUGACAACCACUGUGCAACGAAAGCGGGAUUUGUAUGUGAAAAUGGCCUUGUGUCCCACAAUACGACCACCCCAGCACCAGUCAUACAUGGCCACUGUCCUGUGGGAUUCAGGUCCUAUGGCAACAAGUGUUUCCGUCUCUACACAACACUCCAAACCUGGCAAAAUGCCAGUAAAUUUUGUCAAAGUCUUGGAGGGAGACAGAAAGGAUACAAUUUGGCCAGCAUUGCAGACAAAUUUGAAAAUGCCUUUGUGACUACAUUGCUUGGCAAUCGCGGAGGAAUAAGUCCAUGGAUUGGUCUACAAUUUGUUGCUGGUCAGAUCCGUUGGAUUGACAACACCGACCUGACCUACUCCAACUGGGACAGAGGAGAACCUAAUGGUCAAAGGAAAUCGACGAUGUGCACACGGAUAUAUGGCCGUCCACACAACGCUGGGCUCUGGGACGACUACAGUUGUAAUACCAGGAACCCAUUCAUCUGUGAAACAAAGAAAUCACCCAGCAUUACAACACCAGAGCCACUUCCAAACAGCUGUCUGAUCCACCCUGGUUUUAAAGCUUUUAUGUCAGACUGCUUCAAGUAUGUCCCCACCAAAAUGGAUUGGACUACAGCCAACGCCUACUGUCAGAGGUCAGGUAGUGCUGUCUUCCUCGCCACAAUAACCAACAAGUUUGAACAGGACUUCCUGCUCCUCCUCAUCAAUGACCCCUCCAUACAAACUAAGUCUGGUGUCUGGAUUGGCCUUCAAAGUGCCCAGGGUAACGGGACUUACACCUGGAUAGACAGUAAGUGGCCUGUAAUCUACACCAACUGGGCUCAGUCCCAACCAGCCACUGCAGCAGGCAGGCAGCAGUGUGUGUCCUCCAAUCUAGCCGGGGGCUGGGCUGUCAUGCCCUGUUCCUUCAAGCUUCCGUUUAUCUGUAAACUCAGUACAGCCAGCCCACCUGUGACACCCCCACCCCCAAAUGCCCAGUGCCCUGACGCCGGCUGGGUUUCCGAGGUGAAUGGGACGCGUUGCUACCUGUUCAUGUUAAUGGACACUAAGACAUUCCUGGAUGCCACUCUAGCCUGUAGUAGACAAAAGGCCACUCUCGUCUCCAUCAGUGGCAUCAGAGACAACAUCAAACUGAUGACAUCUGUCAGCUCCAUUACCACCCAAGUUGCAUCAUUCUGGAUUGGUCUUCACAAAUAUUCCUCAUCUGGAUACCAGUGGGCAGACAAUUCUCCUAUACCAUUUGUUUACUGGGACAAAGGGGAGCCAUCCGGCCGAGAUGGACGAGGAAAUGUUGAGGACUGUGUUGAAAUGCAAACUUGGAAUGGCAAAUGGAAUGAUCUUGACUGUGGGUUAAAACGUGGAUAUGUCUGUCAGAAAAAUAAAGUGGCAGACCACAACAUCGUCACCAUUCCAGCUGGAGCCCCUAAUACAUCCCUGGCUAGUCCAUCUAGGGCUGCAACCCCAACACCUGGAAAAAACAGUUCACCCAAGGUCACCAACCAUCAAGGUCAUAGUACACCAAAGGUCAUAGUACAUAACUCCACCCCCAAGCCUCAGUCAAACCCACCCAUUCAUCAAUCCUCCCAAGGGCCAGGCAAUGUAAACCCAACCCGGCCCAGGAUCACUCCUGUACCGACAGGUACUGCCACCUACAGGCCGGGGAUAACACAGAAACAGGCUACUGGGUUGUCCGACAGCAGCAGUGGUGUGGGAGGAGGAGGUAUAGCGGGCAUUGUGAUUGGCUGCCUGGUCGUCCUGGGCCUUGUAGGUGUAGGUGUGGUGCUAUGGCGACGGCAACAGAUGGGUGCGCCAUCAGGAAAUGGGCGUGGAUUUGAUAACACAGUGUAUCAGUAUGAUUCUAAACAUGAACACGGAGAGUUCACAGACUCAGCAAGUGUUGAUACAUGAGGAUUAGCUAUUGGAUAGUGGAGUUACUGUCGUGUUACUCUGGUGUUACUGUCGUGUUACUCUGGUGUUACUCUGGAGUUACUCUCGUGUUACUCUGGAGUUACUGUCGUGUUACUGUCGUGUUACUCUGGUGUUACUGUCGUGUUACUCUGGUGUUACUCUGGAGUUACUGUCGUGUUACUCUGGUGUUACUCUGGAGUUACUGUCGUGUUACUCUGGUGUUACUCUGGAGUUACUCUGGAGUUACUGUUGUGUUACUCUGGAGUUACUGUCGUGUUACUCUGGUGUUACUCUGGAGUUACUGUCGUGUUACUCUGGAGUUACUGUCGUGUUACUCUGGUGUUACUCUGGAGUUACUCUGGAGUUACUGUCGUGUUACUCUGGUGUUACUCUGGUGUUACUCUGGAGUUACUGUCGUGUUACUCUGGUGUUACUGUCGUGUUACUCUGGAGUUACUGUCGUGUUACUCUGGAGUUACUGUCGUGUUACUCUGGAGUUACUGUCGUGUUACUCUGGAGUUACUGUCGUGUUACUCUGGCGUUACUCUGGAGUUACACAAUAGGUACACUCAAUUAUCCUAACUUAUUGAAAUAUUUAUGUUGACAAAAUUACUGAAAUGGAAGCAUUUUUUUUUUAUCAGAAUGGUGGAAUUUUAGUGAAAGUGGAUUUGUAAUUUGAAAAGCAUAAUGUGAAUACAUUGUAUUGUAUUACACCAAGACAAGAAACUCAAAAUGAAUUCUGAUUUAUAUUCAAAUAUUGAUCAGGAAAUAAAUUACCAUAACGACUGUUCACAUCAUUCCAUUCCUUCAUUGCAUUCAGUGAUUACCAUAUCUAAGAAUUCAAAGACAAAACAUUAGUACUGUUGUUGACUGUUGUUUAGGGCAACAAGUGAUUUUUUUCAAACCUUAAGUUUGAACUCUUCACAUAAUUGAUAAUGAUAAAAUCUUUAAGCAGAAACCUGCCAACAUCUGUGUUGUUAUACCCUCAUCAAGUUAAUUUCAGUAAUUAUUCAAACAAAUACAAACUUUUAACUACAGCCAUGAUUGGCUCUUUUAACACUUAAAGGCAAAGCAACAUUUUAAUUUGACCAGUGGGCAAAGCAACAUUUUAAUUUGACCAGUGGACAGAUCACAAGUGCAGCCAACAAUCUUCUUUAGACCAGUAAGGAAGAGAGUCAACAUGUGUAAUCUUCUUUAGACCAGUAAGGAAGAGAGUCAACAUAUAUAAUCUUCUUUAGACCAGUAAGGAAGACAGUCAAAAUGUAUAAUCUUCUUUAGACCAGUAAGGAAGAGAGUCAACAUGUGUAAUCUUCUUUAGACCAGUAAGGAAGAUAGUCAACAUGUAUAAUCUUCUUUGGACCAGUAAGGAAGAGAGUCAACAUAUAUAAUCUUCUUUGGACCAGUAAGGAAGAGAGUCAACAUGUGUAAUCUUCUUUAGACCAGUAAGGAAGACAGUCAAUAUGUAUAAUCUUCUUUAGACCAGAAAGGAAGACAGUCAACAUGUGUAAUCUUCUUUAGACCAGUAAGGAAGACAGUCAACAUGUGUAAUCUUCUUUAGACCAGUAAGGAAGAGAGUCAACAUGUAUAAUCUUCUUUAGACCAGUAAGGAAGACAGUCAAUAUGUAUAAUCUUCUUUAGACCAGAAAGGAAGACAGUCAACAUGUGUAAUCUUCUUUAGACCAGUAAGGAAGAGAGUCAAUAUGUGUAAUCUUCUUUAGACCAGUAAGGAAGAGAGUCAAUAUGUAUAAUCUUCUUUAGACCAGUAAGGAAGAGAGUCAAUAUGUAUAAUCUUCUUUAGACCAGUAAGGAAGAGAGUCAAUAUGUAUAAUCUUCUUUAGACCAGUAAGGAAGAGAGUCAAUAUGUAUAAUCUUCUUUAGACCAGUAAGGAAGAGAGUCAACAUAUAUAAUCUUCUUUAGACCAGUAAGGAAGAGAGUCAACGUGUGUAAUCUUCUUUAGACCAGUAAGGAAGAGAGUCAACGUGUGUAAUCUUCUUUAGACCAGUAAGGAAGAGAGUCAACGUGUGUAAUCUUCUUUAGACCAGUAAGGAAGAGAGUCAACAUGUAUAAUCUUCUUUAGACCAGUAAGGAAGAGAGUCAACGUGUAUAAUCUUCUUUAGACCAGUAAGGAAGAGAGUCAACGUGUGUAAUCUUCUUUAGACCAGUAAGGAAGAGAGUCAACGUGUGUAAUCUUCUUUAGACCAGUAAGGAAGAGAGUCAACGUGUGUAAUCUUCUUUAGACCAGAAAGGAAGAGAGUUCACUCCUAGCUGUUAUCCUCUUUUGAAUUGUGAGGAAAACCGUGUCCCGGUACUCGUAGUUUCGGGACCAUUUUUUCAGGGUAGGUACAGUUUAUAUGAAAUGACAGUUAUUAGGACUAUAACAAGUUAAAUAGUCUAUUUGCUAGAGUGUUAAUCCUUUCCUGUAAAAACAGUUUGGAAUUAUUGUCCCCUAUCUGGGACCUUACCAAGGUUGAAAGGGUUGACAUUUUAUCCUAAUUUAUUGUUCCUCAGAGUUCAUGUAAAUUGUUAUGUAUUUAUUAAAUUUGUACUGAUAUUAAAUAAUUAAAAGACAUUUCAUGAUUAAAGUCAUGUGUUGAGACUUCGCUAGCAUUAUUUAGACUUGGUAUUGAUUGUUAUAUACAAAAUAAGGUCAAUCAACUUAAUAAUAUAGACAUAAAUCACAAUGGGAGAAAGUAUUCCAAUUUACAGUAAAAAAAAA